UCGCAGGUGCGAGCAGUGUGCGAGAGAUGAGCGCGGCUACAACAAGUCCGUCUGUGGUCUGCCGGUACUAGGAGCGAUCUGAUUGUCUGCACCGGGGUCUAUGGCAGUUCCUACCAUGUAUGAGUCUACUCUCUUCCCACCUGAGCCGGCGAGCCCCGGCCCGUACUAUGGCGAGUGCUCAGAUGCCUACUACCAGGUGGACCGCUGGCAGAAGCUUCGCACGGCAGUUAGGAAGCUGGAGUUCUGGGAAAAUUUCAGCGCUGAAGCUAUAGGAAGUGGAUUUUUCUCCAGAGUUUAUAAAGUAUCUCAGGGUGCGGGCUCCAAGACCAUGGUGGUGAAGAUCUACAAAAACGAGGUGGAUGAAGAGGGGAUCGUCGGAGAGAUAUCUCUUCUGCAGAAAUUGUCUCACCCCAACAUUGUCAGGUAUCUUGGGAUAUGUGUCAAAGAUGAAAAACUAUAUCCAAUUCUAGAGUAUGUGAAUGGGGGCUGCCUGGAAGAAUUGCUUGCCAACAAAGACAUUAUUCUGAGCUGGAAAGAGAAAGUGGACCUGUCAUGUGACAUCAGCAGGGGGAUGGUCUACUUGCACUCUAAGAACAUUUACCAUCGAGAUCUCAACUCCAAGAACUGCCUCAUCCGGGUAGCUCCGCGGGGGAGGGAAGCCUUGGUGACAGAUUUUGGUCUUGCCCGGGAGGUGGUGGACCUCCCUCUGAAAAAUGGUGAAAGGAAAUUGUCGCUUGUGGGCUCGGCCUUCUGGAUGGCCCCUGAAAUGCUACGCGGAGAACCAUAUGACCGCAAGGUUGACGUCUUCUCUUUUGGAAUCGUCCUGUGUGAGAUUAUUGGUCGAAUUCCAGCAGAUCCUGAGAUCCUUCCAAGAACAAGAGAUUACGGCUUGGACGUGGUGGCUUUCCAAGAACUAGUUGCAGACUGUCCCAAUCGGCUCCUGGAACUAGCGGCCAGCUGUUGCAGGAUGGACGCAUUUAAGAGACCGUCAUUCAGUGAAGUUUUGGACGAACUUGAAGACAUCUCAGAGACCUUGGAAUCCCAGACAGAGAUGCAAAGUUUGUCAUGUUGAGGCUCUACGUGUGCGUUCGCCUUCAUGUAAAUAUCUGUACAGACGGACUACAGAUCCUACGCAGAGAUCUGGACUUGGAACUUGUAUUUAUUUCAUUCGUCUUUUUUGGACAUUGAAACUUAC